AUGCAUUCCACUCAUUCGACAAAUUCUGAUAGAAGACCGUCUGUACACGCUACAGGUGAUUUGACGUUCAUCGAACAACACUCAGUAAAUUCUUUACUCUCGUUACCAAUCACACAUACCAUAUAUUCAAUUUGUGAGAGUCAAAUUUAUAAUCAAUCCAAUGGUGAAAUGAGAAUAGAUGACAUAAUAAUGGAUUAUGAUUCUUCUCAUGAAGCCGAAUCUGGAUAUGAAGAAGAGAAUAACGAGAACUACGAUAAUUACAAGUCAUGUGAAACUAGCGAGACAAACGAUCCUGACUUUGCCAAAUUUGUUAGCGAUUUUUGUCAAAUUGAAUCCCAAGGUUUUGGUUUAAUACCUAGUUUAAGGAAUACUUAUUAUUAUAAUUGUUUGAAUGCUUGCGCGGUAUCUCAUUAUAAUAAUCAUAUGGAACCUAGUUCACAAAUAAUUGGUUCCACUAUUCAUUCAUGGAUUAUGAAAAAGUUAUUAAAUAAGGGUAAUAAGAGUGAAAUUAUCCCUAUUUUAGAAGAACCACUUUGGGCCUUAGCUGAUGGUAUAAUGACCCAAUUAAGAAAGAUAGAUUCAAGUGCUUUUCACGGCCUUUCGAGAGUGUUGAUAAGUGUUCGAGCAGGACACGUUUAUUUACUCCACAUGAUAGGAGAUGAAAUUAUAAUGCCAUCACAUGACAAAAAUUUCCUCCAACAGUUUCCCUUAUUCGUGGACAUCGCUAUCAAAGUACAAAAUGAGAACCCUCACGUGGCGCGUCGCAACUCGUGUCAGGUUUUUGUGGCAGUUGAACAUGCAAAAUUUAAGGGACAGAAUUACGGCUGCACCAGCAACACACCAUAUAAGACUCCCGACAAUAGCAGACGGCAACAUUUUUUAUCGUUUAACACCCGUAUGAUCAAUACUCCUUCUGUAGAAGGGCAGUGA